CAGUAGAAAGCUCACACAAGCUCAGUUCUGAAGAGCACAGCUCGCUUAACCUCAAUGAUGGACACCAAGCACAGGCUGCACACCUGCCCUCCUGUACUAGCGGCGCACAGACUCUUGACACUGUGUCUGUAUCGAGUGUCCAGUCGCAGAUUAUGCCAGAGUGUUCGUCCACUGAAAGAGUGCCUUCGGAUCAGACUGUGAACGCUUUGCUGUCAGCUGAGGAGGCUGGGAUUCCUCCUGCAUCCAUUCCUGACCUGACGCUUUGUGCUCAACUUGAUGGGAAGGAAGGAGAAGAAGCUAAGGCUGAGGACUUUUGUGGAUCGUACACUGGUCAACGAGAUUCGGGUCGUUGUAAAGAUAGUCCAGAAGGUGCAGAACAACCGUGGCAAACAUUGACAUUGAAAACGUCAACCCAUUGCUUUAAAGACUGUAAAGAUGUUUCCAAAAUCUUUAAUCUGGAUCUUAAACACUUAGAACAGCAGGUUCAAGACACUCCAAAAGAGACUGAGGAUAAAGGGUUUGAUAAAGAGUUUAAGCAGCCAUUGAAUGUACAAGACAGUGACCGAGGAACCUUUUCUAAAGACAAAAAGAGACUCGUGGAGAUCUGUGGAGACUUCUCGAUACAACCGACUGGAGACAAAAAGAAAGAUUGUGAGGAUACUCAGCCUUCUCAACUUGUGGAUCGCCUGCCCUUGACACUCCUGACACACACUGACCUCAACUCAUUAGCUGUCAACUCCAAGAACCAAGAGGGCAUCCAGAUCUGUGGUCAGACCUGGUCAGAGGAAAACAGCUCAUCUUACUCCUCCCAUUCUGUAGAGGAGAGUGUAGACGAUAGGAAGUGCAGAUCUUCAAGGACCAAGGAAAAGGAAGAUGGUGAUUCCUGUAGACAUAGAUAUGGGCAGAGUGUAGAAAGGCAGCUCAUUCUUGAUCCAGUCCAGUCAUCUGUAGAGUCAACUGUAGAGUCAGUUGUAGAGUCAACUGUAGAGUCAGUUGUAGAAUUAACUGUAGAGACAGUUGUUGAGUCAGUUGUAGAGUCAACUGUAGAGUCAGUUGUUGAGUCAACUGAAAAGUCAACUGUAGAGUCAACUCUAGAAUCAGCUCUAGAUUCAGCUGUAGAAUCAGCUCUAAAGUUAUCUGUAAAAUCACCUGUAGAGUCAGCUCUAGAAUCAGCUGUAGAGUCAACUCUAGAGUCAGUUGUUGAGUCAGCUGUAGAGUCAACUCUAGAAUCAGCUGUAGAGUCAACUGUAGAAUCAAGUGUAAAGUCAACUCUAGAGUCAGCUGUAGAGUCAACUGUGGAAUCCGCUCUAAAAUUGGCUGUAGAAUCAACUGUAAAGUCAACUGUAGAGUCAGCUCUAGAGUCAACUGUAGAAUCAGCUCUAAAUUUAGCUGUAGAAUCAACUGUUGAGUCAAGUGUAAAGUCAAUUGUAGAAUCAACUGUAGAGUCAACUCUAGAUUCAGCUGCAGAGUCAACUGUAGAAUCAGCUCUAAAAUUGGCUGUAGAAUCAAUUGUAAAGUCAACUGUAGAGUCAGCUCUAGAGUCAACUGUAGAAUCAGCUCUAAAUUUAGCUGUAGAAUCAACUGUAGAGUCAACUGUAGAAUCAACUGUAGAGCCAACUGUAGAGUCAAAUGUAGAGUCAACUCAAGAGUCAACUGUAGAAUCAGCUCUAAAGUUAGCUGUAGAAUCAACUAUUGAGUCAAAGCUAGAGUCAACUGUAGACUCAACUGUAGAAUCGUCUCCAGAAGUUGAAGGUUUGGCAGUCCAAUCAAACCCUCUAGAAACAUUUGAUCCUCUAUUUAUUGAGCACAAGAACUGUCAGAUAUAUAAGGAGCCUAUAGAUGCUUUGGAGAAACAGACACUGGUUAUUGAUUUUGAACACAAGUCAGACAUCGAUUCUCCUUGCUCAGAUGUCACGGUGACCCCAUUUCCGGAAAGUAGUGCUACUGAGGUUGCUGAAACCUCCCACCAAGCUAGCUUCCAAACGCAGGACUCCAGUCAGAUCUCCAGUCCACAGUCGGAUGAGCCUUCAGCUUGUCAAAACCUUACCGCAUCCAGUUGCGUGAGCUUGGAGACCAGCACAGAGACCAAAGGCGGAAAAUUGGAAGGAAGUAUUGGACGGUCUUUCUCGUCAGGUUGUGACCAGUGGCUGGAGCCAUCUUCUGCCUGGAGCCCAGGAAGCUCAGACUCAGACUCGGACAGUGACCAAUCAGAUUCUGUACAUCAAGACAAGCCUGAUUGCCACAACGUUUCUAAACUACACGUUCCAACUAACUCAGAAGGAACAGAGAAGUCAGAGGGGUCUUCAGAUCUGCAAUGCGAACGAUGUGAAGAAUACGAAAAGUACUGGAGCAGUGAGGAUUCAGCUGUUUCUGGCCUUGGAGAAGACUUGGAUAACCUUCACUGUGACUUCUCUGUGACUUCCCAGUUAGGGGUAAAGGUGGAGAACCUGGUGGAGGAGAACCUGGACGAGAGAAACCUUCCGGAGAAAGAUUGCCUUGAUGAGAGCAAGAGUAGUCGAGAAUUAGAGAAUGCCAAGAACCUUGGCAAACACUUGUCCAGGGUUCAGAAGAGUCACAUAGACUCUUUUCAUUCAGGUUGUGCAAGUUCACGUCUUGUUCAAGUGGACCAAUUGACUCACUCUUCACGCUGUGAAGAUACCCAACACAGGCAUACUCACUCUUCACUUUGCACAGAUUGUGUACAGGAGGCUUCGUUGGGCCGCUCUGAGGUUCUUGAACCACCGACCAGCCUUUUGGAGACAAAGGGACAAGAGCUUCUGCUGGAUAAGAAACAGGACAGCAGCAUAGACUCUGCUGUACACUCUUUAGAAACUUCUCAAUUUACCGUCUCAGUUCCUCAGACCAGUAACACAGAGGAUGUUACACACUGCCAGUCUAGAGAAUCGAUCAGUUCAGAUACAGAUAGCAUAGAUCCACACGAUAGAUCGCAACCAUCUCAGGUCAUUAGCUUAGGCACACAUCACCACGAAAGCUCAGUCAGCACAGAGACCCAGAUCCAGAAUGGAAGCAGUAGGUUCUUAGAAGCAGCAGAAGACAAAAGAGCAACGGUAGAGCGAUACGCCUGCCUUGAAAAAGGCCCAGGUCUCCUCGCUUACUGUAGUCUGGAGCCUAUUCCAGAGACUGAGCGCUGCUCUGUGGAGAACAGUGGUACUCCAGAGAACCAUGAUUCUCUAAGAGAAGAAGAAGAAGAAGAAGAAGAAGAAGAAGAAGAAGAAGCUGAGGCUGAAGAAGCUAAUGCAGAUACAGGAGGUGUAAAUAUGAAACCUGCUGAGUCAGACCAGGACAUCCUAGGUGUUUCUUCAGACAUGCUGUCAACAAGCAUCUCCGAUGGCUGUACAGGAAAGUCUGAGGUCCAGCAGUGCCUUACCCAGCCUACUUCCCCAGGCCAGAAUGGGGUUGCGUCCCCACAACCUGAGGAGGCCGUCUCAAAUGAAAGUCCAAGGCCUCCGUCUGUGGAGUUGGACACGAGCAGCAUCAACAGCGAGGAUCUGGAGGAGCAGCGAUCUCCUGUUGCUGGCAAAUCGCACAAACCCUCAAGGACUUCUAAGGCCAAGGCCUCAAAAUUUUCUGUCUUUGCCAAAAUGCCUUCUUUCAGGCGAGGAAAGAGCAUGGCAAGAGACGACAAGGCCAGUAAAGGCAGCAUAUCUGAAGGAGGGGUACUGGACCUGCUAGUCUACAGGAGUCAUUUGACUCAAGCUUCGGAUUUUACACUUGGGCCAGAGGGUCAUGCCGACAACUCGGACGAUGACGUCUUUUAUAAAAGCGAUGCUGUGAAUCAGCCUGGUUGCCAGGUAGAGGACGCAGAGGAGGAUUACACAGAAGAGGGUGAUGAUGAAGGUCUGGUACCUCAGCCCUCCUUAGCAGAAAGUCACAGCACUGACGAAAUGGACGAUAAAGACACAAAGUAUGAAAAGGAAGCCUGCAACCAAAGGACACUGGAUCUCGAGGCGAGUGGAGUUAUGGCGGACAAUCAACGCUCUGGAAUUGAAGGUUCAGGCUACAAAAGAAGCAAGAGUACAGAGGGCCUGAGCCUUCGUCUACGCUUUGCACAAGCGCACAAGUCCCUCUCCAGCCUUUUUGAGUCUCGCUCAAUUGACAAAGACAUUGAAGAACGUGAGGUGCGACCGGAAGCGGAGGAGGUACGACCCAAGCAGACGCGGAAGAAGCAGAAACGGUUGAAAGAGGCCGAGCUCCUCAGACGUACAGUGUCCGUUCCAGAAGCAAAUGGCACUGGAGGUAAAGCCACUCGUUUGAUCCACAGCGAUUACGCAAACCGAUCAACUCAAGAACAGCUCGGCCAGCAGGGGGCGGCAGCACAGUGCCACACUGACCCACUUAGCAAACGUGGUGUCGUUGUCCAGGAUGGCCCUGAAGGAUCUCCACAGGGCUCAAAGUCAGAAGGACCUAGAAGGAAGUGCCCUCCAAACGGCCUGUCGAUCCCCUUCUCAGACUCUGGGUCACCUGGCCGCCUGUCUUCAGACGACUCCUCCGAAGCCCCGCCCCCAGGCCUCGACUCCAUGUCCAGUCCUCUCUCUCCAACGAGCCCUUCGGCUCUGACCAAUCAGCUGUCUCCAUCCUGCUCCAAAUCACCUGGUCCAAGCACAGGUGAAAGUGCAGAGUCUCCAAUGAGACCCAUGAGCCCCAAACCCAGCAGCCCACGGUCCUCAGCAUCGAGGCGGGGCUUCCGCUACCCUUCGUCUCGGGCCAACACCCUCUCUCUGAUCCUCCUGGGACAGGGAGCGAGCGUCCCAGACCCUCCAGAGAGACCCAGGACCCUCAAACCCAAAAUGGGACGCCAGGGUUCGCUCAGCCCCCUGAGCUCCAGCUGCCCGCUGGAGGACAGCAGUGCGGACAGCCAAUCACAGGCCAGCCUGGUCACCGUCAGUGACUUUGAGCCCGGCCCGCUGCUGAAAGCGUCUCCGGGCAGCAUCAGGGUCUCCACUCAGUCUGUGGGGAAGAGAAUGGUGGACGUGUCCCCGAGUCCCUCCGGAUCCUCCAGCCACAGCCCCAGCCUCAGAGCGGCGUCCGCAGGCCGCAGGUUAACACGCAGACGCUGCUGCACAGACGACCUGUGGGUGGAGGAGGAGAAGAGGAGGGAGAGGAGGAGGCUGGACAGGGCCAAACUCGUCAAACUCUGGGCCCAGUCUCAGGAGGAGUCUGUGAAAGCCAGUUUGCGUCUUUCCCUCUCGACGGGGACGCCCCUCAGAGCGCUGAGCUUCUCCCACAGCGCCCCCACAGGCCUGGACUGCCUGAGCUGGAGACGGCGCAUGUCCUACCCCUCUGUGAUUCUGCCUGAUGGAGCUCCAGAUAAGCUGGGUGUGGGGGAUGAAGUGGGCAGUGAGGAGGACCUGUAUGAAGACUUGCGCUCUUCUGGACAUCGCUACGGCCACCCUGGAGGAGCAGGAGAGCAGCUGGCCAUAAAUGAGCUGAUCAGUGAUGGCAGCGUGGUGUAUGCUGAGGCGCUGUGGGACCAUGUCACCAUGGACGAUCAGGAGCUGGGCUUCAAGGCAGGCGACGUCAUUGAAGUAGUGGAUGCCACCAAUAAAGAGUGGUGGUGGGGUCGCAUCCUGGACAGCGAGGGCUGGUUCCCAGCCAGCUUCGUCAGGUUGCGUGUGAAUCAGGAUGAGCCCAUGGAGGAGUACCUAGCCCAGCUGGAGGAGGCUCAGGAGGAGCACAGUGCUGAUAUGGCUCUGCUUUUGGGGCCUGGACUGCCCUGCAAGGAGCAGAUGAGGACCAACGUCAUCAACGAGAUCAUGAGCACAGAGAGGGAUUACAUCAAACACCUGAAGGACAUCUGUGAGGGUUACAUCAAACAGUGUCGGAAGCGUAUGGACAUGUUCACAGAGGAACAGCUGUGCACCAUCUUCGGAAACAUCGAGGAUAUCUACCGCUUCCAGAAGAAGCUUCUGAAAUGUCUGGAGAAAAAGUUCAACAAGGACGAGCCCCAUCUCAGCGAGAUUGGCUCAUGCUUCCUAGAGCAUCAAACAGACUUUCAGAUCUACUCAGAGUACUGCAACAACCACCCCAACGCUUGUGUCCAGCUCUCCAAACUCAUGAAGCUCAACAAGUACGUCUUCUUCUUCGAGGCGUGCCGUCUGCUCCAGAAGAUGAUCGACAUCUCUCUGGAUGGAUUCCUCCUGACCCCUGUCCAGAAGAUCUGCAAGUACCCUCUCCAGCUGGCUGAGUUACUGAAGUACACCAACCCCCAGCACAGGGACUACAAAGAUGUGGAGGCAGCCUUAAAUGGGAUGAAGAAUGUGGCCAGACUGAUUAAUGAGAGAAAACGGCGCCUCGAGAACGUAGAUAAGAUCGCUCAGUGGCAGAGCUCCAUAGAGGACUGGGAGGGGGAGGACAUCCUCAGCAGGAGCUCAGAUCUGAUCUACUCUGGAGAACUGACAAAAAUCUCACCACCUCAAGCCAAGAGCCAGCAGCGCAUGUUUUUCCUCUUCAACCACCAGAUGGUCUACUGUAAAAAAGAUCUGCUGCGCAGGGACAUACUGUACUAUAAGGGCCGGGUGGACAUGGAUCAGAUGGAGGUGUUGGACGUGGAGGAUGGGAAGGAUAAGGAGCUGAACGUGAGCGUGAAAAACGCUCUGAAACUGCGCUCGCUCUGCGGAGACGAGACUCACCUGCUCUGUGCCAAAAAACCUGAACAGAAAGAGCGCUGGCUCCGAGCCUUCAGAGACGAGAGGGAACAGGUGCAGCAUGACCGCGAGACAGGUUUUUCCAUCACUGAGGUCCAAAAGAAACAGGCCAUGCUGAAUGCCUGCAAAAGCCAUCCAACCGGGAAGCCGAAAGCAGUGACCAGGCCCUACUACGACUUCCUGCUGCGCCAGAAACACCCGACACUGCCCACCAGCCUGCCCCAGCAGCAGGUCUUCAUGCUGGCUGAACCCAAACGCAAAAGCUCCAACUUCUGGCACAACAUUGGCAGACUGACGCCUUUCAAGAAGUGAGCGCCGGACGACGCAAGAGAGCGCAAAUCAAAAAAGACAGAAAGAGAAAGAGAGAGAGAGAGAACUCUCAGCUUGUGCCUGAAUUUACUUGCCCUUAAAUCCUCAUUCAGUUAUUGUUAUUAUUAUUAUUAUAUAUUUUGUAUGACUUUCAGUUGUCAUUGUUGUACUUAACACAGAUCUAUUGUAAUGAUAAAAAAAACGAUGCUUAUGUGGAGUUUUUUUGGAGAAAGCACUUUAUAAGGUGGUUACAAUCAGACUUGGUGACAGCCCCACCGACCUCCCCUCCUCCCAGGACAGUGUGAAUAUUUUUGUGGGGUCGGGGAGGACAUGGGACUUUCCAGAGGACUGUAGCUCUUCUGCUGUUCCGCAGGAAUGCAGACUUCUACACCAUAUACACUAACGUUACUAACUUUAUUUAGGCCUGUUCGUGUCGACAAAUGCCAAUUGUACACAGUGCCAGAUGAGUUUGCUUUUGUAUUUAAGUUCGUUCACUGUCUGCCAUGGAAAGAUAAAGCGUUAUUAUCACAGGUUUUAACAGGGGAAUGAAGCGUUUUUUAACCGUUGUUCAUUGUUCAUGAUGUUUGUUGGGUGAGACGUCCCAUUCUGUCAGUCUGAGGAACCCAAAGAUGUUGCUUCAAGCUACUUCAGCUGCAUUUUGUUAAUAUGUACAUAAUCCAUAAGCUUCUUAUACGGAUCUUACCUGGUUUCUCUCUGUUCCUUUAGCCUUAUCCCUUUCCCUAUGUACAAAUGAGUAUGGAAUUAACUUCUUUUUGGAAGUGCCA